UCUGUGGAAGUUAAUAAGCGGUGACUUUUACGCCAAGCGGCAGUCCGGCCGGCGCAGACAGAGUUCAGCACCAUGGAGAGCAGCGUGGUGCACAUCUACAAAGAAGACAGGUGUCCCUCGGGCCAGCUGGAGGAGUGUUUCCAAAACUUCACCUUGCAGCCAUCGGACAUAUUCAACGACACACCCAACGGCACCUGGGACGCUGAACCCGAGCCCAUGUCGCCCAUCAUCCCCAUUAUAGUCGCCCUGUACUCCGUGGUUUUUGUGGUGGGCUUAGCGGGAAAUUGUCUGGUGAUGUUUGUCAUCAUUAGAUACACCAAAAUGAAAACAGCCACCAACAUCUACAUCUUCAACCUGGCUGUUGCCGACGCUCUGGUCACCACCACCAUGCCCUUCCAGAGCACCGACUACCUGCUCAGCUCCUGGCCGUUUGGCGAGGUGGCGUGCAAAGUCUUCAUCUCCAUCGAUUACUACAACAUGUUCACCAGCAUCUUGACCUUGACCAUGAUGAGCGUGGACCGCUACGUGGCCGUGUGCCACCCCAUCAAGGCCCUGGAUUUCCGCACGCCCGUCAAGGCCAAGAUAAUCAAUGUGAUCAUCUGGAUGCUGUCGUCUGCUGCUGGGAUCCCUGCCAUGAUACUUGGCAGCACGAAUACCAAUAACGGGACUACAGAGUGUGCCCUCCAGUUCCCUGAACCAUACAGCUACUGGGACACCCUGAUGAAGAUCUGUGUCUUCAUCUUCGGCUUUGUGUUACCCGUCAUCAUCAUCACCGUCUGCUACACACUGAUGGUCAUGCGGCUGAAGAGCGUGCGCCUGCUGUCAGGCUCACGCGAGAAGGACCGCAACCUGCGGCGGAUCACCCGCUUGGUUCUGGUGGUGGUCGCCAUCUUUGUGGUGUGCUGGACGCCCAUCCACAUCUUCAUCUUAGUCAAGGCACUGUCUGGCAACGUGCCAGAGACCACCGCUGUCAUGGCCGCCUACUUCUUCUGCGUGGCGCUGGGCUACACCAACAGCAGCCUCAACCCCAUCCUCUACGCCUUCCUGGAUGAGAACUUCAAGAGGUGCUUCAGGGACUUUUGCUGCCCUGGCGCCCAAGGACACAGAGACUCUCGUGGGUUGAGCCGGGUGAGGAGCACCCUGCGGGACCACUCGUGUCCCACAGAAGCCCGAGGAGAUAUGAGACAGGCCAGGCCCGUAUGACUAGCCAUGGACUCGUCCUCCAUGCCCUAUCAGGGCUGGGAGGACUCCAAUGACCUGGGAUUGACUCAAGUCACCACCUCCAUCUAAAGGGAAAGGCUAAAGAGAGAUAGCUGUUAUUUAUGUAUUGGUCAGAGAAUCCAAACGGAGAUUUAUUUAGAAGAUAAGCUGGUGUUAUUCUUCUUAUUGUCAACUAAUCCCAUGAAAAGACCAAAACCAUCACAUAAUUGAUCCUAACCAGUAUUAACUGUGUUUUUACUGGUUUGUCCAAAAACUAUUGACAUAACAUGUUCCUUCAUAAUGAUGGACAUGGGUAUUUAUUAUAUUCUGAAUUAAGCCAUGAAUGUAUAAAGAGAACUGGGUACUGUGUUGGAGGUGGCCAGCUGUUUGAAAAAUAAAAAAUAGAGAUAUUUAUAUUUAUGUGUCCUGUUUUUAAAG